CAACUAAGCAACAGUGAAAAAAAACCUCACACACAUAGAUCUUCAAAGCCACCAGUUUCAUAGACUGACAAUUAUCCUAAGAGAUUACAUCUGGGGGAUUGCGUCAGAUAAAUAAGGUGAGAAGAGGGACAAGACUCAGUCACCUCAGCGCAGCAAGACAGACAGACAGACAGGGAUAGGAGCUCAGAGAAGAGAAAAGAAGCAAAACUCCACCACUCCACUCAAAGGGACUCGGCUCAGAGAGACGGAGAGAAGAGAAGGAGAGCUCCAGCUCACACUCUGCUCUACUCUAACUCAGAGGGACCAGGACACAGAGAGUCAGCGCUCCUGCUCUCACUCCCUCACAUAGAGGAGCACAGCACAGCGGAGAGAGAGAGAUACACUCCAGCUAAGAGGCUCCAUUACACAGACAAGUGACAUCAGAGAAAAAGCCAAAGAGAACAGAAGAAAACCAAGGAUUACAUGGGUCCCUUUUUCUCCCCUCGUUGGAUUCUUCAUUUUGAUGAGAAACAGCUUUAGUUUUUCUGUAUAGAUUUAUUUUAUUUUAUUCAUUUUCUGAACAUUUUUUGCGUCUCCCCAUCCCCUCUUCUAACCCUCCCCUUAUCUCAUCCUCUCCAGAGGUGGUAGAGGUAGUUUCUCAUUUGUAUUGAAUGAGGAGAGUGAGCGGCGGAGGGCGAGAGGUGCUUGUUCCACAGCAGAGGUGUUUUGAGUUAUGGACAUUGACACAUUCCUUUGGAACACGAGAGGAAUAAGCAGCAGCAGUGUUGUCGUCGUCAGCCGCCGGGGGUUCCAUCUCCCGCUCUCAGCCCCUCUCCCUCUCCCCUCUCCAGCAUGGUCCUUUCUGUGAGCCUCUCUCCAGUCCUCCCAGCUCCAGUACAAUGUCCAGAUGGACAGUGACUAAGGGUGCUGCCGCCUGGUCCUGCAUUCGUCUGUCCCUCAUCUCCACAAUGCUCGUCCUCCUGCUCUAUCCAUUGCCCUCCACGUGUCAUCACAAUGCACCUGGGGUCGCCACUCACUCCGUGCUGCGCUUGCCCAGGUCGGCCAACGCCUCUUCAGCCACUGUUGUGGGGCGACAUGUGCGCAGCUAUAACCAUCUCCAAGGAGACGUGCGCAAGAGGAAACUCUACUCCUAUCAGAAGUUCUUUCUCAGGAUUGAUAAAAAUGGCAAAGUCAAUGGCACCAAAAACAAAGACGAUCUCUACAGUGUGCUGGAGAUCAAGUCAGUGGAUGUUGGGAUCGUGGCCAUCAAGGGGCUCAGCAGUAACUUUUACCUGGCAAUCAGCAAGAAAGGAGAGCUGUACGGCGCGAGGGACUUUGGUGUUGACUGUCGGUUGACCGAGCGGAUUGAGGAGAACAGGUACAACACCUAUGCCUCAGCAGAGUGGCGGAACAAGAAGAAGGCCAUGUUCGUGGGGCUGAGCGCCAACGGCAAGCCCAUGAGGGGCAAGAAAACACGAAGGAAAAACACUGCCACCCACUUCCUGCCCAUAGUGGUGUAGCCACCUCAUUGGACAGUUCCUUCCCCUGUGAAUGUUUCACUGCACUGAGGAAAGACUGGAAACCUUCAAAGACAUAAUGGAGUCAUAUGGAGUCAACGUUUGAACUCAUUAUCGCGGAGUCUGACUGAUGAUGUCACAUAUUUGUUUUUAAGUUAUGAGUCGGCACAGGAGAAAAUAUGAAAAAAAAUUCUGUGCCAAAUUAUUUUCAAUGGAUGAACUGUUGGAGACAAAUCUCAAUACUGAAUAAGAGGACAAAAAAGGGACAUUGAUUCCAACAGCGUCACUGAAGACAGGGUCAAAGGGCAGAGUGUACCGUGUGUAUUUGUUGUUGUGAUGAUCUGUCGAUGCAGUUAUUUAUUCUGUACUAACUGAUACGAGGAACUGAAAUUGACACUCAAGCUUUGUGACCCAGUGAAUGGCUAGAUAUACAAACAGACAGAUGCAGUACAGGAAGCACUUGGGUGACUAAGAUGUGAUGAAAGAGAAGCUGGGCCAUGGAGUGAGUCAAAUGCAGAGAAUUUAGUCAUGCUAGCACCAUAGCAUAAACAACCCUUACAAACAUUAUUAACAUGCAAGUUCACUGUACUGGAUAUCUCUAUACCUUUACCUGACUGCUUUAAAAUAAAUUAUUUAUUUUAUGUAAUAUUUAAAGAAACCAAAAAGACAAAAAAAUAUGGAUUGAACAAAUCUUUUUUUUUAUCAUAUAUGCUCUUCUUUUUAAAUACUAAUCUAUCGUUUAAACAUGAAUCAAAUAAAUAUAUUUCUCUUUA